UUAGAGUGGAUUUAGACGUCGGCUGCAGAGAGAGAGCGGCUCGGAGACUGACAUCAUCAUCAGGUGACGCCCCCCCAUGGUGCCCUGCUGCCUCCAGGGUCGCCAUGGGAGAUGAGUCAGACCCGCAAUGCCGAGCGCAGCAGCUGUUUGACGGGUUCGUGUCGGCGGCGUCCUGCAGGGCGGCGCUGUGGAGCUUCAGUCAGCUGACUGACCUCCUGCAGCUGGACCGAGACGAGCCGCCGUAUCGACCAAUCAGACGCCGGCUCAACUACUGGAGGGCAGACGCUCUUGGGGCCAAACUGGAGAGGAGGGCAGCGAGGCCGGAGUACCAGGAGCCCCGAGCCUGCAGAAACACCACCUGUGUGGUGGUGGGGGCGGGCCCCUGUGGUCUCCGGACAGCUGUGGAGCUCAGGUUCCUGGGGGCCCGGGUGGUUCUGCUGGAGAAGAGGGACUGUUUCUCCAGGAACAACGUUUUGCACCUGUGGCCCUUCACCAUCCAUGACCUCAGGGCCCUCGGAGCCAAGAAGUUCUAUGGGAGGUUCUGCGCUGGCGCCAUCGACCACAUCAGUAUCCGGCAGCUGCAGCUGAUUCUGCUGAAGGUGGCCCUGCUGCUCGGUGUUGAAGUUCACGUCAACGUGGAGUUCAAACACCUUAAGGAGCCUCCUGAGGACCAGAGACCCCCCAAGGUGGGCUGGAGGAUGGAGGUGAGUCCGAAGUCUCACACUCUCAAUCAGCUGGAGUUUGAUGUUGUUAUCGGAGCAGACGGACGCAGGAACACACUCCCAGGUUUCCGGCGUAAAGACUUUAGAGGGAAGUUGGCCAUCGCCAUCACAGCGAACUUCAGGAACAGGAACACGACGGCAGAGGCCAAAGUGGAGGAAAUCAGCGGUGUUGCCUUCAUCUUCAAUCAGAGGUUCUUCAUGGAUCUGCAACAGGAAACCGGGAUCGAUCUGGAAAACAUUGUUUACUACAGAGACGACACGCACUACUUUGUGAUGACGGCAAAGAAACAGAGUCUGCUGGGGAAAGGAGUCAUUAAACAGGACUUUGCAGACACCGGACUGCUUCUCUCCCGGUCCAAUGUGGACCAGCAUGCCUUGCAGGCAUUCGCCCGCGAGGCUGCAGACUUUUCCACCAAUCAGCAGCUGCCAUCCCUGGAGUUCUCCUUAAACCACAACAACCAACCGGACGUCGCCAUGUUCGACUUCACCAGCAUGUCUGCCGCCGAACACGCCGCCAUGAUCCGCCAGAGCCACGGGCACCAGCUGCUGGUCUCACUGGUGGGAGACAGUCUGCUGGAGCCCUUCUGGCCGAUGGGGACUGGGAUCGCUCGGGGCUUUCUGGCGGCGCUGGACUCGGCCUGGAUGAUCUGCAGACGGGCUCAGGGGGCGGCGCCGCUGGAGGUCCUGGCAGAGAGAGAGAGUCUGUACCGCCUCCUCCCUCAGUCGACUCCUGAGAACCUGCAGAGGAACUUCAGCCGGUUCACCAUCGACCCCCAAACCAGAUACCUGAACCCCAAGCUGAGGGCCAUCACACCUGAGCAGGUGAGGCACCUGCUGGACACAGGUGAGGAGGCGGGGCUUCACCCUAACAGUGAUGACAUCAUUGUCAGAAAGGGUUCUUUCUGUCCGACCAAUCAGCUGCUCUCCUGGUGUCAGGAGCAGACCCGCGGUUACCGUGGCGUCGCCAUUAGCGACCUGACGACUUCCUGGAGGAGUGGCCUGGCUCUGUGUGCUCUGAUCCACAAACACAGACCGGAUAUCAUAGACUUUGAGUCCCUGGACGUGUCCUCUGAGGAGGGAAAUCUCAGGCUGGCAUUGGAACUGUCCCGGCGUUUCUUCCGGAUUGUCCCGGUGAUGACGGAGGAGGAGCUGCUGGGCGGUCCGGACUCUCUCUCUAUGGUGAUGUUCCUGAGCCAGUUCUAUCAGCGGCUGCACACAGCACCCCCUGCUGGCGAGAACCUCCCCUCGCUGCUCAGCAGACUCAGUCCCUCGAGCAAGAGGAACCUAAAGGAGCAGAAAGGCCCUCUUGGUAAAAGGAGGAGUUCCAGUGCGGAGGGUCGAGAUCUGCAGGUCGAUUUUGGUGAUGAGUCGCAGGUGGGUGGGGCCAAAGUACGUCAGCUGGCCAAUCGGCUGCAGGCAAAGCUUGAUAAGAACUCUACUUCCUGUUGGAGUCCAGCUUCUUCUUCCUCUGAUUCACGUCUUCAGCAGCAGGAGGAAGAGGAGGAAGAGGAGGAGCUGUCCCCAUCUGCAGAUGGUCCCACUGAUACAGCUCCGCCUAAGGCUUCAUGGAAACCGAGGAAGAGGACCCCUCAACAGGAACAGAUGAGUUUCAGGUUCAGAGAGAAGAUCAAGUCUCAGGAGCAGGUGUGUGUCUUCUGUGGGGGACGGGUUUACCUGAUGCAGCUGCAGACGGCUGAGGGUCUGUUUUUCCAUCGCAGUUGCUUCCUGUGUUUCAGCUGCAGUGGCACCCUGAGGGGGGGGGGGCACAACUACGACCCGCAACUACGGAGGUUUUACUGUCUGCACUGUGACCCCCGCGUGAGGACCCGCCCCCCCCCCCACCGAGUGUCCAUCGUGUCUCUGGGCCCUCCCCUCUCGGGGCGCCGGCGCUCCUCAGCUGUUUCUGUGAGGGUGAGGGAAGAGAGGAGCGAAGAGGAGGAUCCCCCCCACUGGACCAGAGAGGAAGAGGAGGAGCUGAGUGAGGAAGAGGACGAGGACGAGGAGGAUUUGAUGCAUUAUUUAAAUUUCAGCCUGGAGGAUGAGAUGCACAAAGCCAGUUCAGAGUCGGGGAUGGGGGAGAGCAGCAGUGGGACUUCAGAAUACAAAACUUCAUGGAGUGAAACUCUGAAGGAACACUUUCGAGAGGAGGAGGAGGAGGAGGAGGAGGAGGGCAGUGAACAGGAGUCCAGUGACGCCGAAGGAAGUGACUUAACAGCUCAGCCUGAGACCCCGCCCCAAGCACAUGGCUCCGCCCCCGAUGAGGACCUGUUUCCAGCCACACAUGCCAUUGUCAUAGAAACCGCUCUCAGGGGGCGGAGCUCGUUUGACGCCAUCACCCCAGAGCUGCCGCCAUAUAAGAGCGUGGGUUCAGGGACAGAGGGGGCGGGGAUCACUGAGGCUCCACCCCCUCGACAAGUGAGAGGGGGAGGGGCCUCAACUCUGUGGAGGACGUUUUUUCCUGCCGACAGGGUGCAGGAAAAGACUUCAGCCAAUCACAGGACAGCUACAAGUGAUGAUGUCAUUGAUAAACACCUGUCCAAACUGACCUCCGACCUCCAGAGGGUCUCAGUGAAGGAGAACCAGGAGAACCAGGAGGAGAACCACGACCCGCUGUACGUUCCUCACGCUCUGGCCUUCAAACGAGCAUACGCCAUUAAGAGGCACUCCCUGAGGGCCGCCUUCCCCCCAAGACGGACCACUUCCUGCCCCCCUCUUGUGUCAGGGGGGCUGUUUCUCCCCCAGGAGCCAUCGGUCCUCAGCAUCAAGGAGGCGCUGUUCCUGAAAGGGGGGAGGGAGGAGGCGAAGGAGGUCAGGAGGCGGGUCAAGGGGGGGGGGAGGAGGAGACGGGAAGAGCUGCAGAGGCUGCACCAAGCUCAGAUGAUCCAGAGGCAGCUGCAGCAGGUGGAAGAGAAGCAGAGACACCUCGAGGAGAGGGGGGUGAGGCUGGAGAGGGUCCUGAGGGGGGAAGCAGAUUAUUGGGGCGACUCCUCCGACAGCGAGGACAUGGAGCUUCACCUAGCAGGUCUGGGUAAACUGGACCGCCCGGCACUGAUGCAGCAGUGGUUCCUGUUGGUCCAGCAGAAGAACUGCCUGCUCCGAUAUGAGUCUGAACUCAUGAUCUUGUCAAGGUUCUUGUUCCUCUGGAAUCCUCAGGUCCAGGUUCAGUUAGUUCCUGGUCUGAGGGUUUUACCUGUGUUCCAGGGCCCGGGAGGUGGAGUUGGAGGACCGGCAGAGCCGCCUGCAGCAGGAGCUCCGAGACCGGAUGGCCGUGGAAGACCACCUGAAGCCAGAGGUCCAGCUGCUGGAGGAGGUUCUGGUCCUGCAGGAGAUGCUAGAAGUGGUCCAGCAGAGAGACUCUCUAGUGGCUCUGCUGGAGGAGCACCGGCUGCAUGGCAGGCAGGAGGACCAGGACCUGGAGGGGGUCCUGAGCCAGGGACUGGGUCUCACCUGGCCCUGAACCAGAGGAUCAUUACCUGGUUAUCCUUUGAAGAGAGAGCCAUGAGGAACAGAAAGUCCAGUUCUUCAUUUGGACCCGGUCUGGCGUGGACUCUUGGAGCCAGACCGGCGGCAUGUGUUUUAUCUCCCUUAAUAAUUAAAUAACUAUUAAAUUCAUAUAUUUAAAUCAGCUGUGGGCCUUACCUCCUCUCAUCCUGCCAUCUUUUCACUGAGAAUAAUAAAUCAAAUGUAAUAUUU